AUGUCACCUUCGAUUCUUCGGAACGAAAUCUUUGACGAGGAUGUUCCGAUCCUGAUUAUCGGUGGUGGCCCGUCAGGUCUAUUCUUGGCGUUCAUGUUGGAGCAACUCGGUGUCAGGUCUUUGAUUGCUGAAAGAUAUGCGGCCAGAUUGGCUGCCCCCAAGGCCCACGCCCUGAGUCCUCGUUCAUUGGAGAUGUGUCGCCAAUUUGGAUUAGAUGUGAAUGAAAUUCGCAAAGUCGGAACCAGUCGUAAGGAUGCCUAUUGGGUGAACUUCAUCACAAGUUUGGCUUGCAAGCAUGUCGGCAAAUUGCCCUACGAGCGCAUGGACGCUGAAGUCUUAAACAGCACCCCUACUAUGAUUCAUAAUAUCCCGCAGCCUGCUUUCGAAGAGUUGAUUGCCCAGAGGCUAUCCAAUAGUAGACUGGUCGAGAUUCGCAAGAGCCAUAGCUUUGUCAGCUUGAAACAGUUUGAUGAACAGGUUAUCACAACAAUCGAGGACCGUGUUUCAAAAGAAACAUACCAAGUCCGCUCGAAGCAUGUGGUUGCCUGUGACGGUGCAAAAAGUGCAGUGCGCAACUUUCUUGGUAUCGAGAGCGAAGGCGAGGAUUCUUACGAAACAAUGAUGACGAUCCACUUCAACGCGGAUUUACGUCCCAUUCUUCAAGAGCAGGUCGGUAUGCUCCACUGGGUUAUGGAUCCGCUGGUAUCUGGAUUCAUUAUUGCCUAUGACUUGUCCGGAAACCAAGUUCUGAUCUGCAACUUUGACUCCAAAAAAUGUCCGAUCGACUCAUGGAAUGAAGAGUACUGCCGCAAGGUCGUCGACGCGGCGAUCGGUGCGACUGUGAAGUAUGACAUUCUCAGUUUCCGUCCUUGGAUCUUGAGUCGAAAGGUUGCCAAGUUCUACCGUGAUAGCCGGGUCUUCCUGUCAGUAUCCUUUGCAAAUUUUGUGUUUCCCUUGCUCCUGUGUGAAAUCGCUAAGAUUGUUUCCAGCGCUGGCCUGGGCUUGAACUCAGGGCUGAGUGACGUUCACAACCUGGCUUAUAAGCUGGCUGCCGUCCAUCAUGGAUCCGCCAAGGACGCUUUGCUGGAGACAUAUGAAGCCGAGCGUCGUCAGGUUGCCUUGGUAAACUCGAAACAGAGUGUGAAGAAUGGGAAUAAGAUUUUUAGAUUGCUGAAGACACUUGGCACAACCGAUCCUGAUGUUGACGUUGCUCGGCACAACCUAUAUCACAAGAUCUGUGAUGAAAAAGCCAUGAUUGAAAUCCACAGGGGCAUUGAGGAUCAGCGCGAGCAUUUUGACAACCUAGGCCUGCACAUCGGUUACAUUUACGGCAACAAGCACAUCCCCGAAAACGCAUCCGUAUAUGAGCCCGUCUGCGUGCCUGGAGCUCGUCUGCCCCAUGCUUGGAUCAAGCUUGCUGUCCCCGAGAAGGUGCAGCUUCCUAAAAUUGACUCAUCAUAUGUUGGUGGCGAAGCACAGAAAGCGGCGGAAAUGACCUACUCUACCCUGAAUCUCUGUCGGUUUGACGCCUUCACUCUCCUGGUCUACGAGACUUUCAGCUCACAGAUUCAAUCCGCCGUGCAAGAGGCACUAAAACAAGUGCCUGCAAGUUUGGCCUCUCCCUUAUCGCUGCGGGUGGCAAUCCAGGGGGUUGACUUCGUGCUACAGCCUGGCCAGGAUAAGUGGGAUAAUGUGGUGUCGUUGAAGCAGGGACAGGUUGUGCUGGUGCGUCCAGAUCAACACAUUCUAGCUGUUUUGGAUCGGAAUGCCAGCGCAGGUCACAUUGUAGAGGCUUUGAGGGGUCAUUUAGCUUGGUAG